AUGAGUGGCUCUUUCGACAAGAAGCUCACCAGCAUCCUCACCGACCUCUCGGGCUCGCUGAGCUGCCAUGCCGCCUCCAAGGACUCUCCUACCUUACCCGAGUCCUCCGUCACCGAUCUGGGCUACUACACCAGCCAACAUGACUACUACUCGGGCCAGUCCUACAGCCAGCCCGUGAGCCACUACCCGUACCACCAGUUCAACCUCAACGGCAUCGGCGCUGCUGGCACCUACUCGCCCAAAUCCGACUAUUCCUACAGCCCUUCCUACCGCCAAUACAGCCACUUCAGGGACCAGCAGCUCCCAGCCCAGGAAGCAGUGUCGGUGAAAGAGGAGCCGGAGCCGGAGGUGCGGAUGGUCAAUGGGAAACCCAAGAAGAUCCGCAAGCCCCGCACCAUCUACUCCAGCUACCAACUGGCGGCUCUGCAACGCCGCUUCCAGAAAGCCCAGUACCUGGCGCUGCCCGAACGGGCUGAACUGGCUGCACAGCUGGGGCUCACCCAGACCCAGGUGAAGAUCUGGUUCCAGAACCGCCGCUCCAAGUUCAAGAAGCUGUACAAGAACGGCGAGGUGCCGCUGGAGCACAGCCCCAACAACAGCGACUCCAUGGCCUGCAACUCGCCCCCCUCCCCAGCCGUCUGGGACAGUAACUCGCACGGGAACGCGCCAGGCCGGACCCCGCUCCCGCAGCCGCUUCCUUACAGCUCUUCCCCCGGCUUUUUGGAGGAGCACAACCCCUGGUAUCACCCCCAGACCCUCAGCGGACCCCACGGACCCCACCAACCGCCGCCAGCCACCGCGAUGCAUCACACCUCCCCGGGGCCUCCCGCCAACACCGGCGCCGUCUACUAA